UUUUGGCUUUUUUCCAUCUCUCCUACUUUCCCAAAUCCAUUUUCAAUCUCCCCAUUCCAGCAGCUGAAAACCCUUCAUCCAAAUCGCCUGACUCAACCCUUUUCACCUUUAAUUCAUCUGCUACCUUCCACCGCCACCGCCACCGCCACCACCACCGCCGUCGUCGGCUUGUUAUUAGGGAUUUGGUUAACAAUGGCUGUGGAAGGUCCCUCCAUGGUUAUCGAUGAUGGAGGUGUGCCUUACUCUUUUGCUUUAGAAUACGAAGGUCCUCCAAUAUCUCACCGUCAUCUUCCACGAGCUGUUCCGAUCAAUGUUUAUAAGAUUCCGGUUGCCGCCUUUGUUCCCCAAUCAAUUUUGUCUGAUAAUAUUCAUGAUUAUGAUAAACUUUCUAUGCCUGUUGUACAACCCAUUCUUGCAUCCGAUUUCACUACCAACUUCUGCAAAUUAGGUACUACCGAACCUAUUGUUUAUCCCACUUCUUUGAUUUCACCCGUGAAUGAUGAAAAUAUUCACAAUAAUAAUGAAAUUUUAACCACCAUGGAGAGCCAAGAUUCUGUGUUUAUUAGUUCAGGUGAGUUUUCAGAUGUUAUUAAUAGCUCAAUUGGAUCUUCAUCAGUGAGUCAAGAUCAUUCGUAUGAGUUAUCCGGUAGCUUUGAGAACUCAAGAAAUAUGUCCGCAAAUUCACAUGUGAAUGAUUGUAAGGAGAGUUUGGAUUUCAGUGAAUCAAUCGCUUCUGGAUUGAGUUUUGAUUAUCCAUCUUCGCGGGUAUCUUCCGCUAAAGAUGAAUCUUUUUCUGAUCAAAGAAACCCGGUUGUUACUUUUCGUGAUAUUGAAUCUGAGGAUGAAGAUGAGGACUUCCUUGAGGAUGUUGUUCAAACCGAAACUCAGUUAAAAGAAGAAUCGAAGGUGAAAACAAGAAAAGGGGUUUGUUAUAGAUGUAAGAAAGGAAAUAGGUUCACAGAAAAGGAGGUUUGCAUGGUUUGUAAUGCGAAAUAUUGUACUAAUUGUGUUCUUAGAGCAAUGGGAUCGAUGCCAGAAGGAAGAAAAUGUGUUUCUUGUAUUGGAUUUUCGAUUGAUGAGUCAAAGAGGGGUAAUUUGGGGAAAUGCUCUCGGAUGCUCAAACGGUUGCUUAAUAGUUUGGAAGUUAGUCAGAUAAUGAAGGCCGAGAAACUAUGUGCUGUAAAUCAACUUCCAUCUGAGUAUGUUUGUGUGAACGGAAAGCCUCUUUCUCACGAGGAGCUGGCUGUAUUGCAAAACUGUCCGAAUCCUCCAAAGAAGCUUAAACCGGGCAGUUAUUGGUAUGAUAAAGUUUCUGGUCUUUGGGGAAAGGAGGGGGAGAAGCCUUGCCAGAUUAUUAGUCCCCAUUUAAAUGCUGGUGGCCCGAUUAUGCCCGAUGCCAGCAACGGAAACACUGGAGUUUUCAUAAACGGUCGUGAAAUUACGAAAGUCGAGCUGCGAAUGCUACAGUUGUCUGGAGUCCAGUGUGCUGGUAACCCGCACUUUUGGGUGAAUGAGGAUGGUUCAUAUCAAGAAGAGGGUCAGAAAAAGACGAGAGGAUACAUUUGGGGGAAGGCUGGAACGAAGCUGGUUUGUGCCUUUUUAUCGCUUCCGGUUCCACCCAAAUCCGCUUAUCCCAGCGAACAAGCAAGCAACGUGCUUAGUCAAACAGUGCCGGACUAUUUUGAUCAGGAUGUACCGCAUAAAAUUCUUUUAAUCGGAUGUAGUGGAUCUGGAACAAGUACCAUAUUUAAGCAGGCAAAAAUCCUAUAUAAAGAAAUCCCGUUCACAGAGCAAGAACGUGAAAAUAUCAAGAUAAUAAUCCAAAGCAACGUGUAUGGAUAUCUUGGUAUACUCCUUGAAGGUCGUGAACGUUUUGAAGAUGAAGCGUUGAAUGAAAAUAGGAAAACUCGAUCUUGUGAUGGUUCUAUUUCCACUGGAAAUUCCGAUAUGAAUAACGAGAAAACAAUCUAUUCCAUCUGCCCAAGGUUGAAAGCAUUCUCCGAUUGGCUUCUCAAAACCAUGGUGGCAGGUAACAUGGAAGCGGUUUUCCCGGUAGCCAGUCGUGAAUAUGCACCAGUAGUUGAGGAGUUGUGGAAUCAUCCGGCGGUGCAAGCCACAUACAAGAGACGAAACAAAUUGGAGAUGCUCCCCAGUAUUUCUGGUUAUUUCUUAGAACAGGCUAUCAACAUUCUGAGCAGAGACUAUAUACCUUCAGAUAUGGACAUCUUGUAUGCUGAUCAUGUUACUUCAUCUAACGGCCUUUCGUGUGUAGACUUCUCGUUUCCUCAACCAUCAGCUGAUGAUGAUAACGAUCAACUUGAUUCUCCCCUCAGGUUCCAACUAAUUAGAAUGCCAGAAAGAGGCUUUGGAGAAAAUUGCAAAUGGCUGGAGAUGUUUGAAGAUGUUCAACUUGUCAUCUUCUGCGUUUCCUUGAGCGAUUACGACCAAUACACCACCGAUCCAGACGGAAAUACCGUUAACAAGAUGCUGCAAAGCCGGAAACUUUUCGAGACCAUCGUGACACACCCAACCUACGAUCAAAUCGACUUCCUUUUAGUUCUAAACAAAUUCGACAUCUUUGACGAAAAACUCGAACGGGUCCCUCUAACUUGUUGCGACUGGUUCAAUGACUUCCGUCCUGUAGUCAGCCGAACCAGCCGCAACAAGAACAUCAGUAGCAACAACAUUAACCACAUUCCUUCCAUCGGAAAAAUGGCUUCACAUUAUGUUGCGGUGAAGUUCAAGCGGUUGUUUUCGUCGCUCACCGGUCGGAAACUGUUUGUUUCCGUGGUGAACAGUUUGGAGCCCGAUGGCGUGGACGGAACCCUGAAGUAUGCAAAGGAGAUAUUGAAGUGGGAUGAAGAGAAACCCAACUUCAGUUUUGGUGAAUACUCAAUCUACAGCACAGAGGCAAGUUCCUACUCUCCUUGAUAAAAACCAAACGAACCAGUAUAUCCCACGGUCCAACAGAAGGUAAGAUGUAUAACCUCUAUUACUAAUGUAUAUAUACAAGCAGAUCAUUGAAAUUUAGUUGACAUGAAUGUAGCACAUAUCUGUUUCUUAAUGGUAAUGCAAGAUUGAGUUCAUUCUAAAUAGAUAUCCGUUUCUUUAUUAGACGAA